AAAAGGGCACUUCUGGGACGCUCCUUGUGACGUAGAGUCACAUGACUCGAAGGACCCGUAUGCAAUGUUUUUUUGUUUUUUUUCCCUUUCCCCUCUGCUGUUCUCCGAAACCCGGCUGUUGAGGCGUGUGUGCGGUUGGAGAGAGAGAGAGAGAGACAGAGAGCCGAAAGCAGGAUGUCUGGUCGGGCGAUGGGGCAACAGCGUGUAGAAACUUUCCCUGUGAAAUCAGCCAAGACUUAAAGCCUUUUCUGAAUCGGAUCGAGCGGAUUCUGGUGUUCAGAGGAGACCCCCGGGAGCGUUCAGCGCGGACUGUGUGUGCGGCGAGGCGGGGAAUGUUAUCGGUACUCUCCUAUGGACGGAUCGUUGCCAGGGCCGUCCUGGGCGGACUUUCUCAGACCGAUGGCCGGGAUUACAAGCUGGUCACGGCGAGCUGCGGUUUCGGCAAGGACUUCCGAAAGGGCAUACUUAAGAAGGGCAUGUGCUACGGCGAUGACGCGUGCUUCAUAUCGUGCCACCGGUCCGCAGAUGUCCUAGGCGUGGCGGAUGGGGUGGGUGGAUGGCGUGAUUACGGCGUAGACCCGUCUCAGUUCUCAGAGACUCUGAUGAGGACGUGCGAGCGGUUGGUGAAGGAGGGACGCUUCACUCCAAGCAGCCCUGUGGGAAUCCUCACCUCGGCCUACUACGAGCUCCUACAGAACAAAGUACCACUGCUGGGCAGCAGUACGGCAUGUAUAGUGGUGCUGGACCAGAGGAGUCAUCAAAUCCACACGUGUAAUCUGGGAGAUUCCGGUUUCCUGGUGGUCCGGGGGGGCGAGGUGGUCCAUCGCUCUGACGAGCAGCAGCACUACUUCAACACCCCCUUUCAGCUUGCGAUCGCACCACCAGGGGCCGAAGGGUCUGUGCUGAGUGACAGUCCUGAAAUGGCAGACAGGUCAUCAUUUGACGUCCAGCUCGGUGACAUCAUCCUCACCGCCACCGACGGUCUUUUCGACAACAUGCCCGACUACAUGAUCCUGCAGGAGCUCAAGAAGCUCAAGAACACAAAUUACGAUAGCGUCCAGCAGACUGCGCGCAGUAUAGCGGAGCAGGCGCACGAGCUCGCCUACGACCCCAACUACAUGUCACCCUUCGCCCAGUUCGCCUGCGAUAACGGCCUCAACGUCAGAGGAGGAAAACCCGAUGACAUCACAGUGCUGCUCUCUAUCGUCGCUGAAUACACGGACUGAACGUGAUUGGCGGAUCCCGAUGUCUAAUUUCCGGUCCCUGUGUGUCUUCCUCCUCAUCCACCACUUGUCUGGAACAGACUCUCGCCCCGUCCUUUUUUUUUCUCUGCCCCUGUCCGAUAGCUUACGUGGGGAGGGGAGAGACGAGACUAUGAACUCGCCUUUGAGGGUGGACCACAAUUUCUAUCAGAAACUAUUUGUGCUCCUGCACCACAGGAUUAUAUGAAGAUGAGUCACACGCUUGUCCUACGCCCCCGUCGUCGUGCGCAAUUGAAGUUGCAAGGUUUCGGAUUGGUGCGUUACCCAAGGUGCUUCUAAACAAUGGCGAUCCCUCAGCGGGGGCCCUGGAGAAGGGGAGGUUUUUAUUGCUUCGCCCAUUUUUCCAGCUGGGAGAAUGUACAUCUUUAUUUGUAAGAAAGCUUGUUAAGAUUGUCUUCUGUUCAAGGUCCUGUGUGUGUGGUGUAAUUGGUGUGUGGGUGUGUGUGUGGUGUGUAAUUAGUGUGUGUGUGUGUGUGUGUGUGUGUGUGUGUUCAUGUCACUCGGUUCAGCAAGUACAGCUCAGGAUGUGGGUGACAUGGCUCCGCCCAGUAAAAGAAAGAAAAAGCAGUUCAUGACUAUAUUCAAAUGAAAAGGGGGCGUGGCCAGCGGAGCACAGAACAGAAGAAACAGGACGCAAGGAUGCAAAUAGCUUUUUGGUCUGUAAUGGCCAUAAACGUUACAGCAGCAAUUCAUGAUUGUACACGUUUGAUUUAAAUAAUAAUUAUUACAAUGAUAUUAAUAAGAAGAAGAAAUUUGCAUACCCUUUAGUUACCCUUGAUUAGUUAAAAAAAAACAAACAAACUUGAGAUUCGUCCAUCUAAAGGUCUUGUGUGGCUCGAGUACGGUUCAGUGAUCCUUCUACAUCUGACUCUGGUGAUGAGGAAUUUUAUUUUUUCACUCCUCCGUAUCCAUACCCUGCAGUCAGAUUGUCUCCUCAACAGGAACACAUUCACGCCAAGUGUGAGAACUGAGUAGAUCAGAUAUUCAUCCCCGUUUUCUUCCUGUUUCUUCAUAUGUCGUGUUGAUGUACUUGUCCAGCUUCAUAAACCAGUAUCAUGAUCAUGAGACACUCCAGCCACACUGGAUCACAGAUGGAUCGACCGGUUUCACCCAUAUCAUGUAAUCUGUUAUUGUUGUUCUGCAAACGGAUGUUUGUAGCGCCCCCUAGUGUCUAAAAUGUGUGUUUAUCGAGGAGCUGCACAGCGCACAAAAAAAAACAACCUGUAUGUUUGGAAUAUGUUGAAUGAAAUCACUAGGUCAGGUAUGUAAAGACAAAGUUUUAUUUUUAUAAGCUCUCUGUUUUUAGCAGAGCUCAGAUUGAUAGUGGAGCAGUUUUAGAGGUGAGAAAGACUGUGUGUAGCUUUGUAGAAGUGUUUUCCUCUUUAUUUCUUGGACUUUUCUCAUUCUGAUGCUUUUCUUUUGUGAACAAUGUCAUGUAUUUAACGCGUCUGUGUAACGAGUGUCGGCGAGCGGAUGUCCUUCAUGACCUUUGUGCCCUUCAUGUCCAACAGCAGAGGACAAAAAAAAACAACUCAAUUUUGGCUCAUUGAAUAAUUUCUCCUGCUGUUAAUAAGCUACGAGUUCAGGUGAACCAAAGACACGCACGCUGGUUUUUUUUUUUAUUAUCAUUUUGAUUAUUCUGAUAUCUUCUUUGGUCUUGUUUUGUAUAUUUGGAUGAAAAAUACAAAGCAAUAUACAGUACAGUAAGAAAUGACCCGUGUGUGUGUGUGUGUGUGUGUGUGUGUGUGUGUGAGAGGUUUUACUGUAAUGUCUGGACUAAGGGUUGCUUUUCCCUCGUUUUCUCAUUGUCAAUUUUUCUUUUGUAUUUUGGCUCUAGUUAAAUUGUGCAAAAAAACAGCAAUGACAACGCAAAAAAAAAAAAAGAUCCACUACCCAAAAUACAAAUUGGAAAUAAUAAUAAUAAUAAUAAUAAUAAUAAUAAUAAUAAUAAUAAUAAUUAUAAAUUGUUACGCACCUGAGUAGCAAAUUCAAAUUUGUUCCUAUUUCCUUUUUGGCAUAACAAACAAUUGCCCAGUCAACUAAAUAUAAUAUUUAAAAAUUAUUUGAUUUGAUUUUUUUUUUUUUAUGUAGAAAGUAAACAAUUUAGCAUUAAAUGUAGAAAAUUCUUUUCCAUUUAAAAAAAAGUAGUUUUUAGAUUUUUUUUUUUUUUUUUUUUUUUUUUUUUUUGGAGCAACCCGUAGUCCGGAUAUCACGGCACGUUCAUUUCCGACGUGUUGAACAUGAACGUUUGGCAUGUGACCCACAUCAAAUGCUGAUGACUGCCUGUUCUUUUAUCACGGUUUGCAAUAUAUUUGCGAUAUUGUAUUUAAAAAAUAUAUAUACAUGUGUAAAGAUGGACUUUAUUUUUAUGAAUAAAUAAGACAUCAAAAUUAAA